UCUCUUUCGACUGAUAAUCAUAGAAUCCUCUGUUGUCAUAUCAUUUAUCGGAGAGUGAUUCGUGCUUGAAGGAACGUUAACAUAAUGAUCGCGAUUUUGGGAGCUUUGUUAGCUUUCGGUGUCAUAGUGACUUAUAUUGGACCAUACUGCAAAAAAUUAUGCAUACAGCAUGAUAGAAAUAAAUCAACGGACAACGAAUCAACUUUGGCGCGCUUCAUAUUUAAAGAAGAAACUUUAAAUAGAAAUGCAUCUGAUAAUGAGAAUAAACAUUUUAUCGAUUCGAACGAAGAUAAGAGGUCGAAACAGAUUGUGCAAGAGAGAGAACAGGAACAACAAAUCUUAAAAAUAAUAUUACCUCACAAUCGAAACAGGAAGUGGUAUUGGUCACCUAAAUUGGAAAAUCAAUUAAACAUUGCCGGUUCUUGUUCAAAGAGAUAUCAAAUCUAUGAGAAUCCUAAAUCGAAUAACUCUUCUGUCUCUCCCAACGACAAAUCUUCACAAUAUUCUCCCAAUGAAGACAAUUCGAUCGAUGAAAAUUCCAAGAAGUCUAUUGUCGUAGAAAAAUUAAAGAAUUUCAAAAACACGUUGAUUUGUUCGAGAUCAGAGAAAGACGCGCAAAACAUUCCUACGAGGGUUGGAAAUCAGCUCUCUCCACUCGCGUAUUCGACGAUGCUGAGAAAGAGGCGACUUGUCGACGCGUCCACGUCGACAAGAAUAAGCGCGAAUGGUUCGAAAAAUCGUAACGAAGCUCGCCAAGAAGAAAUCGGGGAAAAUUCGAAGCGAUCGCCGAAAGCAAUCUGCGACAUAACGAUCAGGGAUAUAAGGAUGGACGAGUCGGAGGUGUUGGAUUUCAUCGAGUGCAAAGGGAUAUCGACGUCCGUUGUAAAGACCAACGAGACCUCGAUUAUUUCCAUCGGUUUUCACCGUCAGCAAUCCAGCAACGAAGCGUCUCGUAGGGACACAUCCUUUUACGAAUGCCUCGGGAUGAAUUUCUUCAAAAGUUUUCGUCAAAGGUUCGAGGAUUCGUCCAUUUUUAAAUUCGAAUCGCGGAGAAGAUCGAUUCCUCGUAUUCAAAUCUCCGAUUACUCGAGGAUGCAGAAUGAUUCGGGGCAGGAAUCCUCGGACAAAAUAUUUCCACGAAUAAAUGUUUCGGAUGAAUUUGUGGAAAAGUUAAAGUAAGAAGAAAACAAA